ACUGGGGAAGUCUUCGAUUGAAUGCGUCACUCGUUUCCUGGUCACUUUCAGAAUCUGUUCCAAAGCCUUUUUCNGAUGGCACUCGAUUUCUUCGGCACAUUGGAAGUUANGAAGAAACCUCAUUUCGUAUUGUAUUGAAUACGAGUACGAANGAGCCUUUUGCAGUNGAUAUGACGUCCACCUAUUUUGGUGCGUCACCCGAAACAUUGGAUAUCAUUCAGCGUCUACCNGAUUGGACAGACGCUGUUACAUUUCAAACGAGUGGAAUAAGUUUUUUAAUAGGUUAGAGUUUGUAGAUAUAUUCUGAAUGUUUUGCAUUUGCAAGAAUAGUCGCCUGUCUCAUGAACCCCACAUUUGCUAAAGAAGGGAAUGUGGUGAUGAUUGUUGACUU